AUGCUCUCACUACUAUCGUUAAUCAUAGCUUCUGGGACAGUUCUCAGAGCCGAUACAGAGCAAUGGGAAGCUAGAAACUAUCCCGACCCUAGAGCCAACUUCACUCAAUGUAAUGUAGGCGAGGGUUCAACUCUCUGUGACCCAGAUCAUAUGCUCACUGAUGCUUGGCGUCAAACAAUUCAAGAAAGUAUCGCCUUACAAAUGGAAAGGUUGAAAGAAGCUGACAUUCCAUACAAGGCGGAAGCGCCUGAGGAAUGCAGAAGAAACAGUACUGAAUCACCAGCCAUAUUCAUCAUUCUAGCCAAGAGAAUUCUGACUGCUUCUAAUCAAAGCACAACUACCAACGAUUUGGAACUUUUCGGUGAAGAUUUGAUCAGAAGUUUCGAAUUGAAUAAUCAACCAUGCAAGAAUUACAUAUUACUUCUGGGAGUUGAAGGAAAGACUAUCAAAGUUUGGGCGAAGAUCUUGAGAUAA